AAGGACACAGGUUUAAGACUAAUAGUGCCACAUUCAAUAUGGCGGAAUGAGAGCUCCACAGCGAGCAGAAUGACGUCAGUGUGUCAAAGUUCACUGUGCGUUUUUCCCGGGAAAACACGAGAGGCUCGCUGGUUCAGUCUGAGCAGCCAUGGAGAAGAUCACAGAGAAAGUACUGCAGGAGAAAGGCUCACCGAAAACCAGCCAACUGAAUCAGAUUAAGAGCCUCAAUCUGUCCCGUAUGGGUCUGAAGAGCCAGGACCUGCCUCUCCCCCUGCUGUCUAAACUCAGAAGUCUGGAGAAGUUAGAUCUUUCAGGAAACAUGCUUCAGGAGCUUCCCAGAGGACUUUCUCUCCCCCACCUGAAGAGUCUCGACUUAACCAACAAUGACAUUGAAGAUGUUACCACCUUGAAGGUCCUGAAAAAUCUGGAGGAACUUCGGCUGGAGGACAACCUCUACCUCACUGUUAACGAUGAGCACAAAGUGUUGUUCCUCUUGCCCAAGUUGCGGAUGUUUAAUGGGAAGGACAUCAGUUCUACAGCCAACCACAUCCGCUAUGUCAGCAGUGAGAUUCUCAGAAAGAGGGUGAUUGGAGUGUGGGAAAAGGACUUUAGUCUGCCUGAUCCCCCAACUGCCCAGAGCCUGGCCUCAGUGGAGAAGAAAUUUGUUAGUGCCGCCUGCACCCAAGUCAAAUAUGGUCCAAGUUCUUUAAGUGACUACACCAAAUGGAGGGUUGAGACGAUUGCAAAGGAAUACCUUAAAUCACUGACCAACCCCGAGGAAGAGGAGGAGGAGGAAGAGGAGGAGGAGGAGGAGGAAUGUACACCAGAGACCCCUGUUAAAAUGAACGGGGCUGUUCACUCUCCACCCAAGAGAAAACACUGUGAUCUAGAUGCUAAUGGUGUCACAGAAAGCCCCCGGAAAAGAAGGACAGUAAAUGAGGUGGGAACACCUGAAGCCAGCCCACGGAAAUCCAGCCGUUUAUCCAUUGCUCCCUCUGCAGAGGCGAGUCCAAGAAAGUCCAGCCGUGUACUGAACACCCCUCAGAAAUCCAGCACAGGCUUAUCCAGCCCAAGAAAGAGUGCAGUGAAUGGAGGAGCUGUUUCAGAGCCAAGUUCAAGAAAAUCCAACCGCCUGCAGAGCACUCCACUAAAAAUGGCAAAUUCCACUCCAAGCCCAAAAAAGGCCGCUGUCCCUGGGACUCCUACUGCAAAGAGGGGCAAACCUGAACCAGAGAAGAAGCACAGUGCUACUCCUAACAAGAUGGCCAGGAAGACAGUCAAAUACCAAGUUCCUCAGGAGCCCGCUAGUCUGCAGCCUCUGCACGUCCUGCAGUGUCACAGUAAGCAGAACAGUCCAGAUGACUUUAGCACCCAGCUGUGGGCCUGCGCCUUUGAGCCUGUACAGAACAACGGUGAUGCUACUGGCUGGCAGCAAACAGUAGCCACAUGUGGAGGGGAGUCUGUGUGUGUGAUAGACUGUGAAUCUGGGCAUGUGCUGAAGAAAUACAAGGUCCCUGGAGAGGAAUUUUACUCUUUGGCCUGGACCACGCUGUUGAUGUCAAGGGAGGGUGGCUGUGCCCGCUCCUGUAGCAUCCUGGCAGCAGGGGGGAAGAGGGGGAUCGUUAAACUCAUCCACCCCAGAGUCAGUAUGGCAUAUGGAGAGUUCCGCGCCAGUCGCCGCGCCAUCUCCGCCCUGCGUUUCAGCCCGAGCCACACCAGCUUUCUGUUCACUGGAGCGUACGACAACAAGAUUGUUAUGUGGGACAUUGGAGGGCUGGACCGUGACUACCAUUUCAAAACGAGUCAGCUGUUAGUCCUGGAAACCAGCUCCACUACACUACACUUGUGCCUGCUGCCCUCCUCUCCAAACACACACCUCAUCGCAGGCUGUGACAGUGGCCUUUACAGCUUUGACAUCCAGCUCAGCAAAAACACACAGAAGAGGUCAGAGGAAAUGGAGAUCGUAUUUCCUGUGUACAAGAAGAAGGACAAGAGCAAUGAGUAUCGCACCAUAGAUGGGCUCAGCUUUCUUACUGAUGACAUAGUAGCAUCUAAGAGCCACAUGCAGGGCUCUAUUUACCUUUGGAGCUGGAGUGGAACUAGGGAUUUAUGGAAGGGGAAAAAGAAGGAGGUGCCUGCUGUAAUCCUGGCUGAGUUACAGUGGUCCAGCACAGACAUCCCAUACCUGUCUCUGAACACCUGCCCAGGUUUUGGCUAUAUUGUGUGUGGAGACGAGAAUGGAAGAUUGUGGACGUACCACAUUACAGAUCUUAUGAAGGCCAACUUCAAGAGUGGAAAAGUGAUUCCUUCCACUGAGGUGCUAGAGUGGCCAUCUCCGGUCCGACCUGGAGUGGGCCCAGUCAAGGGGCCAUCCAUCAACAGUGUUGCCAUGGAUCCUGAUCUUCAUUAUUUGGUUGCACUUAGUGACAAGAACAUGGUGGUGGUUUGGAAGAGAGCUAAAAAUUAAAAUGGACCUCAUUCUGUCUCAUUCAAGCUCAUUUUAAUAAAUAAGAAGGUUAUGUCAGUUACACAGCCAUUUUUUUUAUUGAAGUUUUAGGGGACAAAGAUGUUUUAAUCUUUGUUUGAUUGCUAAGUAUUUCUGGAAUUUACCAUUCUAGGCAUAAUGUUAUAUUUUGCUUUGUUUAUAUUUGUUAGAUAGAUUCAUUGCUGAUCUGAAAUCAGUGUUUGUGCAGAAGAUUGCUAAACUGCAAGUGUUCUGUUCUGUUUCUUUUUUAAUGUUUUUAAUGCAAAUUGUUUUCUUUCUGAAGGUCAUAUUGUGUACAUGAGUGAAGGAUAUAAUGUAACCUGGAAAUGUUAAAAAAAGAAAGUUACACAAAAUAAUGUCAAACUGUACAUAAGAUUCAUGAGUAAUUUCCUGUGGAUAUUAAAACAAAUGAUACACAAA